GUAAUAUUCUGAGUAUUGGAACUGAAAUGGUCUCUAUUGAGAAACUAUUUGAAGCCAUACAAAACUAGAAUUUGAGAUUGAAAAUGGAAACAGAGGCACUGCGACAUAUUUGGGCUAAUCCACAUUUGUUGGAUAUGAACAUGCGAUUAAUUAGUGAUCUUAAAUAAGCUACUUGACGCUGAUGCAAAUUCGUUCACUGUCAUACAUACAUAUGAAUAUUAUACACAUUUAAUACUAUAUAACAACUAGAUAAGAUAAUCAGAUUAUCAAAAAGUCUGCUUGUACAGAGAAAAACUAAGCUACGAGUAUAAAAGCACUAUGCAGUGCUAUCACGGGCAUUCUCGCAAAGGCAGCUUUUAACUACUUAGUUAAUCAUCCGUGAGAUGUUCACACGCAAAUUACACAACGCUGAUCCCAGCAAAGCUACAACUAUACCCGAUCCUGCAGCACCCAAUUAUCUACUUGGCGAUUAUAGUUACGGUAAACAGGGAGUGCGAGUGUUUCAACUGAAGAAAGAUGGACCCUUGCAUUAUGUCACCGAAUAUAAAGUAAAUUCGCAUAUGCGUCUGCGUACACAUAAGGAGUACUACGAAGCCGACAAUUCCGAUAUCAUCGGCAGUGAUGUGCAAGAGAAUACCAUCUAUGUGCAUGCACAAAGGCAUGGCCUACAUACACCUGAGGAAUUUGCGCUGACGCUUACGGCACAUUUUGUAGAGAAAUACGAUCUAGUCGCCGAAUCGAAUGUGCUUGUUGAGGAGAUGGCAUGGGAUCGUUUUGGUGAACAAGAGCGGCAGGGCUACUAUAAGGACCAGCGACAUAAUCAUGCGUUCAUGCGAAAUACGAAUGGCACGCAUGGUUGCGAGGUUGUGAGGAGAAGAGAUGCUCCACCAUUGUUGAUUGGCACUUUUCAUGGCUUGCGCAUUGUUAAGACGGCUCGUGCGCCAUUCACUGGCUAUGUGAAAGGUGAUUUCUUCUCUGAGGGCGAUAUGCACGAUCGAAUUUUAUGUACCGAUGUAAAUGCCCGUUGGCAGUAUGCAAAAGUGGAUGGUAUUGAUUUUGCGACGCAUUGGCUAAAGGUGCGUGACUUGAUAUUGCGUUCUUUCGGUGGUGAUCCCAAAGAGGGUGUGAUCACCACGAGUGUCCAAUAUACAGCUUAUAGCGCUGAACGGGCUGUACUUGAUGCGAUGCCCGAGAUUUGCAGCAUAUCCAUAAGUUUGCCAAAUUAUAGGCAUUUUCCGUUUGAUUUCACACGUUUCCCACCGUUCGAGCCGAAAGCUGACGUCAUUAUCGUUAAUCCAGAGGAGACACCAUUGGGUAUUGGAUAUGCGCAAUUGGACCGUUUGGCAAAGUGAAAUUCAGUUGAUAUUGCUGCGGUAGUGGAUGACUUCCUAUGAGGGAAAUUUUUGUAAUUAUUGUACUAAGAAAGUUUUAAGUAAAAUUUAAUUAAAAGUAAAAUAAAUAUUUGGUGAUAAACAUUGUUAAUUACCGAGAAGGUAGUCCCAGAUAGUUGAGGAUAUUACAAUUUAGGUAAUUCCUGAUAUAACAUUCGUUUGGGGGAAAAGAUAUACAAUAUUUCCAAAUGGCUUAAAACUGAUUUCCCCCAAAAUAAUAUUUUGUUUAGAGAUAUUCGAUUCUGAAGUUUAUUUA